AUGGCUGGUAAAGAAUGGGUUCUUGGAUUCAGAAAGAGAAACAGUACCAUAACAUUGCGCAAACCUGAAAAUACCAGUGUUGCGCGUUCGUUGGAUUUUAACAAGACUGCAGUGUUGGUGUUUUAUCAAAACUACGAAUCAGUCCUUGCUAGGUACCAGUUCACUGGUAGCAGAAUCUUCAACUUUGAUGAAACUGCUAUUACCACGGUUUUGAGUGCACCAAAAGUCUUGGCACAUAAAGCUCAGAAACAGAUUGGACGAAUUGUUUCAGCGGAAAAGGGGGAUCUUGUAACAUUUGUUGGCAUAGUAUCAGUCACUGGGACAGCAGUCCCACCAGCUUUUGUAUUUCCUCGGGUUCAUUUCAAGAAUCAUUUUUUGGAGGUUGCUCCUAAAGGAAGUUUGAGAUUGGCAACCAAAAGUGGGUGGAUGAAUGCAGAUUUACAUUUAAAAGUGUUGGAGCACAUUAAGAACCACGCUAACUGCUCGGCAGAAAAUCCCAUUUUACUACUCUGUGAUAAUCAUGAAGCCCAUGUUUCAAUUGCGGCAAUUGAUUAUUGCAAAGAAAAAGGUAUUAUUUACUUAUCCUUUCCUCCACACACAUCACACAAAAUGCAGCCCCUUGAUGUGGCUGUGUUUGAUCCCUUCAAGGGAAAAUUGAAGAUAGCGUUCAAUGACUGGCAUUUAAAUCACCCUGGAAGAGGUUUGACAAUUUAUGAUAUUCCAAAACCUGCUAAAUUAGCCUAUUUUGAAGCAUUCACACCAAAGAAUAUCAUGAAAGGUUUUGAAACGCCAGGAAUUCACCCUUUCAACCGACUGGCUUUUUCUGAUUCUCAUUUUGCACCAUUAGAAGUCUACAAGAUAAACACUACUCCACCCUCGAAUGAUGCUCUGACUACCUCCUCUGCCGUCACUCAAACUCCUCUUGAUUUAUCGUCCGACCAAACUCCGAAUCUUCAAAUUCAAACUGUUCCUGAUACCGUACCAUAA